AAAGUGCUAUGUGCGUGACACAAAUCCACCAGUAGUGGUCAGACCAAGGCCCCAAGUUUAGCAUACUGAUAUCAACUGGUUUUCCGACAGAUUCACCAUGAGACUCCGAGUAAGUGGCCAGAUAUAUACAUGUUUGAGACGCCGAUACACCACAGUCACAGGCUCAGCCGCACAGGUGCAGCAGCCACUCAACUAUGUCAACGGUCAGCGUGAUCAACCCCAAGGACGAGACCAAGCCAGCAGAUUUGAUCUUAUAAAUCCUGCUACAGGGGAAGUUCUGCGGCAGGUACAGAAUUCUGGAGUGGAGGAAGUAGAUGGCGCUAUCAGAGCAGCUCAACAGGCACUUCCGUCCUGGUCCCGACAGUCAGGGUUUGACAGGGGCCAGGUCUUGAGAAAGGCGGCACAGCUGAUUAGGGAGAGGUGUGAGGAACUGGCACGGACAGAGGUGUUGGACACAGGGAAGCCGAUCUGGGAGGCUCGCUAUGACAUUCAGGGGUGUGCCGACACCAUCGACUACUACGGGGGGCUUGCAGCAGCAAUAACAGGCGAGUUCACUCAGCUGGCAGGGGGGUCAUUUGCCUACACAAUCCGUGAAGCCUUGGGAGUGGUAGGGGCUAUAGGGGCGUGGAACUACCCCUUCCAGAUGGCGGCCUGGAAGUCCUCUCCUGCACUAGCAUGCGGCAACACCGUCGUCUUCAAACCCUCGCCAUUCACACCGCUAACAGCCGUUAUGUUGGGGGAGAUAUACAGAGAGGCAGGGCUGCUGGAUGGAGGUUAUAAUGUUAUUCAGGGUGAAGGGGAGACUGGACAGUUACUGUGUCGGCAUCCAGGAGUGGCCAAGAUGUCCUUCACAGGGAGCGUCCCCACAGGAUCCCGCAUUAUGGAAGCAUGUGCCCAGGACAUCAAGUAUGUUACACUGGAGCUGGGAGGAAAGUCUCCUCUCAUCAUCUUCUCAGAUGCGGACAUAGACAAUGCUGUGAAAGGGGCGAUGUUAGCCAACUUCAGCAACCAGGGCCAGGUGUGCUCCAACGGAACACGAGUGUUUGUCCAGAAGGAUGUUGCCCAACAGUUCCUGGAGAAACUGGUGGAGCGCACACGAAAGAUGAAGAUUGGUGAUCCAAAUGCAGAAGACACGACAGUGGGAGCCACCAUCAGCAGCAGUCAAGCAGACAAGGUCAUGGCGUACGUUGAGGGGGCGAAGAAAGAGGGUGCUACUGUGGUGUAUGGCGGAGAACGUGUGUCUGUAUCUGACCCGUGGCUCGCCGGUGGGCACUAUCUGUCUCCCUGCAUACUGGCAGACUGCCACGACGACAUGACUGUAGUUCGUGAGGAAGUGUUCGGUAGUGUCAUGUCGGUGUUGACCUUUGACACAGAAGAGGAAGUGUUGAGGCGAGCCAAUGACACAGAGUUUGGCCUUGCUGGAGGCGUGUUUACCAGGGACCUAAGUCGGGCCCACCGUGUGGCAGCGGGGAUGGAGGCAGGGUCUCUCUACGUCAACAACUACAACAUCUACCCCGUCGGGGUCCCCUUUGGAGGAUACAAGAAAUCAGGAAUUGGGCGGGAAAAUGGCCGGGACACCUUGGACUAUUAUAGUCAGAUCAAGUCUGUGUAUGUGGAGAUGAAUGAUGUGGAUUGUCCAUACUGAGUAUGUGGUCAGUUGGUCACUAGCAGGGACGUAGCUACCAUUAUAAAAAAAGCCCGGGCUUACACAUGAUUGCUGCUGAAAAGGUUGGGCAAGCCCUCAAUACUAUCCAAAUAUAAAGCUUUGCAACCUAUCGGGCUUACACGAAAAAAUUGGCUUGCUAUGCGCCUGAAUAGGUCAACCUGGUUGGUCGUGAAGUCGAGAUGUUUGGCUUCAAGGUCUAGACAGCUGGUUCAGUGUCUACCCAGUAGAUCUCGAAGUCAAGCCUGUUGGUCUAACAUUUAACCAGUUGAUCUAGAGGUUGGAUUUUAGCUCUAAUAGAUUUGUCUUGAGGUCAGGCCAGUUUUAUCUCAAGGUCUAACUAGGUGAUCUUGAGGUCAAGACAGUUAUUCUGUGCCUAACCAGCUGGUUGGUUGUUAGGUCUAAUAGAUUGAUCUUGAGGUUUAAUCGGUUGGUCUCAAGGUCUAAGCAGUUGGUCUUGAGAUCUAGUUGGUUGGUCCUGAGGUCAAACCAGUUGAUCUCGAGGUCUGAAUUUGGUCUCCAGAUCUGGCCAGCUGGUUUGAAGGUCUAGCUGGUUGUCAGGAAACUUUAACAGCAGGCUAUAGCUGUGGACAUUGAUUUGAGUCUUGAAGAGACUGUGACCUCCAAAAGCGGUGACCAUAUGUCAGCAUAUAUAUAAUCAGUGCCCUUGUGCCUUUCUCAUGUAUUUUGGCCAUCAAUUACAUUGUGAUCUGGAUCUGGAGUGCAUCAUCACAUAUCACAUUCACCUUAACUACGAUUGUGAAUUUAGAACUUUAUCCAAGAUGCCAUUUUCAUAGACUACCUAUUUUUUAUUAAGCACAAAUUUUGCAGACAUUGUUGUCGACAAGAUCUUUGUUAUCUCAUCACAGAAUAUAUAUGUGAAGGUCCUGGUGUUCCUAUUUGUUGGGGAGGCUUCAGGAAGAGUUGAGAAGAUCUGUACCAAGCCAGACCCUUCCACAAUGUUCCAUGCAGGGUUUUAGAAACAAAUUACAAAUGGAUGUAGAUAUUUAUAAUUAUGAUGCACAAGUGGUUAUAAUAUUUGAAUACAUAUGAAUGACAAGUGACAUUCUUCGGAUAUCAAUGGUUGGAUACUGACCUACUUUCAGUGAAGAGCAUGUGCCAUUUGUUGUUACAUUGAAUUCCACCUAGGGACGUCAUACAUGCGGAGAUGCCAACCUCUACGAUUUUAUCGAAGUCGCUACGAAUUUUAGCCUCAAACUACGCCAAUACGAUUCCACUACUCAUUCUACGAAACUUGACAAAAAUUCAUUAACAUUCGGAUAUAUAGACAAAAACAUAUAUUUUCAUGGAUUAAAUAUUUUCGUUGAUUAGAUACAUUUUCGCCAAAAAGAGACGACAAUAAGAAACGUAAUGCUGAUAAUUUGGAAUGUAUGUGGAGGUAAUGUUGGAGGUAUGUGAAAUUAAAGCUUCACUCUUGAUUAGUGUCAUAUUAUCUUUCUCUGAGUCCAUAAUGAUUUUUAGUAUUUAGUUGACUACUCAUUUUAUGGUCAAACUACUAAUUUUGAUCCUUGAAACUACUAUUUGCAACACUUUGUGGUUGGCAUCUCUGUACAUGAGUUGUGUUGUACAUGACCCCCUGGAAUGUUUCUGAAACGUUGUCACUGAUAUCCAAAGUAAAAAGUCUCAAUUUUAUAUAUUUAAAAAUGUAUGUUUGUGGUAACUCAGGAAGUGUUCACUUUGGAAGGAUGAAAUUAAUAUCAUCAUUCAGAUGGGGAUGUUUGAGUGACCAUCUUUGAAGGUCAAGUAAUUCCGUUUCUUUGUAUACUGGACCAAUAUUCAUAUGUUAAGUGUUUGUAUGACAAAAUUCAUGGAUAAGGUAAUUUGAUUGAGGUGCAUUUGUAGACAAGUUGCCAAACAAAAAGUGAUGUCAUCUAUAUUUGUUAUAAAGGUACUUGGUAUCUGCAUGCACAGUUUGGAUGCAUUCAGGAAAAGAUUAGGGAAGGUGAUGCUGUUCUUCAUAGCAACACAUUACUGAAAUACAUUAAGCCCUCCAAUGUGAGGUGUCAUGGUUAAGUGCGUGUGUUACAUGUGUGGCUGAAGGAUGUAUCUGUAUGGUGAGUAGGGUAUGUUUAGGUAUUACCAAAUACAUUUAUCUAUAUAUAUUCAGAGACAUUGUUGCUAUAGAUGGGAUGUGGAUUUCUGUGAUUUACAUUUUUAUACAAUCAUUUUGUUUUGUUUGUAAAGAUUCUAAUUUGUUUGGUUUUGUCACAAAUAUACAGACAUUAUAAACUUAUAAUCAGAACACUUGAAGUUAAAUUUUCCCCAAAAGGAAUACCCUCAUUUUUGAGGGUUUACAAAACAUUUGCUUUCUUGGAUGUAUUUUUUUCAUAGCAGUGCAGCAGAGGAGAUAUGUCUGUAUCUUGACGACCAAUGGCAUUGAAAAGUAUUUUGUUUAUACAUUUCUUGGUCUUGACAGGGAUGAAUGAAUUCUCAGAAUGUUUUCUUGAAAUCCAUACAGCUUGCUGAUGUACCCUGCAUCUAAGAAGUGCUCACUGUUUUACAGUGGCAAAGAUGUUGAGCACACACUUUAUAUAUGGUUAUUAAUAAAUGUACUUCUCUACACUAUAAUAAAGUUGUUUUCAACAAUA